CUCUUCUAUCAGAAAUUCCAUUUCCUCCUCUAUAAAUGUCCUUCUGUAGCUUAUCACUUCCAACAUAAUACAAACUUCUCUUCACCAAAUUAACUACUCUGCUACCACCAUCUCAACCAAAUUAAAAUAGAUAUGGAAGAAGCACAAGUGCGUGUUUGGGAAGGCUAUGUUGAUUGGAGGAAAAGACCAGCCAUAAAAGGAUAUCAUGGUGGAAUGCUUGCUGCCUCCUUUGUUUUGGCUGUGGAGGUAUUAGAGAACCUAGCAUAUAUUGCAAGUGCAAGCAACCUUGUUUUAUACCUUUCCAAGUUUAUGCACUUUUCACCUUCUACCUCUGCCAACAUUGUUACCAAUUUCAUGGGAACAGCUUUUCUACUUGCUAUUCUUGGUGGAUUUCUUGCAGAUGCUUUUUUCACUACUUAUUCUAUUUAUCUAAUAAGUGCUGCAAUUGAGUUCAUGGGUCUACUAAUGCUGACAAUACAAGCUCACAUACCACCACUCAAACCACCAAACUGUGUUAUGGGAAGCACAAACAGUUUAUGCGAGAAAGUUCAAGGUGGAGAAGAAGCUAUGCUAUUUGCAGGCCUCUAUGUGGUUGCACUUGGAGUAGGUGGAAUUAAAGGCUCACUUCCUCCUCAUGGAGCUGAGCAGUUUGAUGAGACUACACAAGAAGGAAGGAAUAAGAGAACUGAAUUUUUUAACUACUUUGUCUUCAGCUUGUCAUGUGGAGCAUUGUUUGCUGUUACUUUUGUAGUGUGGAUUGAAGAUAACAAGGGAUGGCAGUGGGGUUUAGGUGUUUCAACUGCUUCCAUACUUUUAUCUAUUCCUGUUUUUCUUCUUGGUUCACACAAGUAUAGGACAAAGGUUCCAGCUGGUAGCCCUAUCACACCCAUGUUCAAGGUUCUUAUGGCAGCAAUUUGCAACAACUACAAAUCAAAAUCAAAGAACUCAUCAGCCAAUGCUAUCACAAGCAUGCCAACAAGUCCAUCCUACACAGCUGAAAUAGGAGAUUUAGAACAAACCAACACAGCUAGAAAAGCUAUGACACAAGAUCAAACUCCUCCAAUAACACAAAGCCUAAAAUGCCUUAACAAAGCAUUGAUAGAGCCAGCUCACCCAAUGCUAAAAUGCACAAUAAAAGAAGUAGAAGAAGUAAAGCUUGUAUUAAAAAUUAUCCCCAUAUUCAUGUCAACCAUAAUGCUAAACUGUUGUCUAGCUCAAUUAUCAACAUUUUCAGUCCAACAAUCAGCCACAAUGAACACCAACUUAGGUUCCUUCAAAGUCCCUCCAGCUUCACUACCUGUAUUCCCUGUCCUCUUCAUCAUGAUCCUUGCACCAGUCUACAACCACAUCAUUCUUCCAUUUGCUAGAAAACUAACCAAAACAGAAAUGGGAAUAACUCAUCUACAAAGAAUAGGGACAGGGCUAUUUCUGUCAAUUGUAGCUAUGGCUGUUGCAGCAUUAGUAGAAACCAAAAGAAAAGAAACAGCUGAUAAAUUUGGUUUAUUAGAUUCAACAAAGCCUCUUCCAAUAACAUUCUUAUGGGUGGCUUUGCAAUACUUGUUCUUAGGUUCAGCUGAUCUUUUUACUUUGGCUGGUAUGAUGGAGUUUUUCUUCACUGAGGCACCAUUGAGUAUGAGAUCUUUAGCAACAGCACUUUCUUGGGCAUCAUUGGCUAUGGGAUAUUUUCUUAGCACUGUUCUUGUGUCUAUUAUUAAUAAGGUGACAGGUGAUUUUGGACACACACCAUGGCUUUUGGGGAGUAACUUGAAUCAUUAUCAUCUUGAAAGGUUUUAUUGGUUGAUGUGUGCACUUAGUGGAAUCAACUUUGUUCAUUAUCUCUUAUGGGCCAAUAACUACAAAUAUAGAUACUAGAAUGAAAACCAUAGAACUAGAACAUAUAUGUACUCAUUUAUUGUAGCUCAAUAAUGUGCUUUAUAUGUACCAUGAGAGAUAUGCAUGGACUAAUAUUGAAUUAUUGUUGAUGUAGUUACCUUCCAUGCUAGUGUUAUUUAUCUAUCAUUUGGCAGGUUAUUAAUAUAAUCAGUGUAGUAUCAUAUUUUCUUUUUUGAAA